GUUUCCCUGGCUCUCUGUCUCCCUAUCUCCUUGUCUCUCUUUCCACCCCUCUCCCAGCUCCCCCCUCAACAUCCCUGAUGCCUAAGAACAGUAAGGUGUCGCAGCACGAGCACACCACUGAGCAUGUCACAGAGUCGGUGGCCGACCUGCUCACUCACCAAGAGCCCAUCCACUACAAUAGCAGCUGUCUGAAUGCUGGAGGCAUCCCCGGGAAGAAGAUAGUUCUCAACACCCCCGUGAACGAUGGCCGUCCUGCCUGGAACAGCAAGUUGCAGUAUAUUCUGGCCCAAGUGGGCUUCUCUGUGGGGCUAGGAAAUGUCUGGCGUUUCCCUUACCUGUGCCAAAAGAAUGGAGGAGGUGCCUACCUGGUCCCGUACUUCAUACUUCUCAUCGUCAUCGGCGUCCCUCUCUUCUUCCUGGAGCUGGCAGUGGGUCAAAAGAUAAGGCGAGGGAGCAUUGGGGUUUGGAACUACGUUUGCCCCCGCUUGGGCGGAAUAGGGGUGUCCAGUCUCAUGGUGUGUGGCUUUGUGGGGCUCUACUACAAUGUCAUCAUUGGCUGGAGCAUCUUCUACUUCUUCCAGUCCUUCCAGUACCCACUGCCUUGGGCGGAAUGCCCUAUCAGGAGGAAUGGAUCUUUAGCCAGUGUGGAACCUGAGUGCGAGAAAAGCUCGGCCACCACAUACUUCUGGUACCGCCAGACCUUGAACACCACUAGCACCAUCGCAGACAGCGGCGGCUUGAACAUCAAGAUGACCCUGUCUCUCUUGGUGGCCUGGAUCAUGGUCUGCCUGGCUGUCAUCAGAGGCAUCGCAUCCUCUGGGAAGGUGAUGUAUUUCAGCUCUCUGUUCCCCUACGUGGUUCUCUUCUGUUUCCUGGUGAGAGGUUUGCUGUUGAAGGGUUCUGUCGAUGGAAUCACACACAUGUUUACUCCCAAGCUGGAGAAGAUGCUGGAGCCCCAGGUGUGGAGGGAGGCAGCCACCCAAGUGUUCUUUGCCCUUGGCCUGGGCUUUGGUGGAGUCAUUGCCUUCUCCAGCUACAACAAGAUAGACAACAACUGCCACUUUGACGCCGUGCUCGUCUCCUUCAUUAACUUCUUCACCUCUAUCCUGGCCACUCUGGUGGUGUUCGCUGUGCUGGGCUUCAAGGCAAACCUUAUGUGUGAGAAGUGUGUCAUAGAGAAUGCAGAGAAGAUCCUUGGCUACUUGAACUCUAACGUGUUGAGUCAUGACCUCAUUCCGUCACACGUUAACUUCUCCAAGAUGUCUUUGGUAGACUACGCUGAGAUGUAUGGUGUCAUCAGGACAGUGAAGGAGGGCAGCUUUGACCGGCUGGGCCUGGACCCCUGUCUCCUUGAGGAUGAACUUAACAAGUCGGUGCAGGGUACAGGCUUGGCCUUCAUAGCUUUCACAGAGGCAAUGACUCAUUUCCCAGCCUCUCCUUUCUGGUCCGUCAUGUUCUUCUUCAUGCUCAUUAACCUGGGCCUGGGCAGUAUGAUCGGCACCAUGACUGGCAUCACCACACCUGUCCUCGACACCUACAAGGUCCAGAAAGAGCUCUUCACAGUGUGCUGCUGCAUCCUAGCCUUUUUCUGUGGCCUGCUCUUCGUCCAGCGCUCCGGCAACUACUUUGUCACCAUGUUUGACGACUACUCCGCUGGUCUGCCACUCACCAUUGUGGUCCUCCUUGAAAAUGUGUCAGUGGCCUGGAUCUACGGCACCAAGAGGUUUAUGCAGGAGCUGGAGGACAUGUUGGGUUUCCGGCCCUGCUCUUUCUAUUUCUACAUGUGGAAGUAUGUCUCCCCGUGUUGUCUCAUGGUUCUCAUCACAGCUACCGUUGUGGAGAUGGUCAUCAGCCCACCAGGUUACAAUGCAUGGGUGGAGGAACUGGCUGAGGAGCGUUUCCAGGGCUACCCUCCCUGGGCGCUGGUGAUGUGCUUCUCCCUCAUCGUGGUGGCGAUGCUUCCACUCCCCGUAGUCUUCGUCGUCCGCCAUUUCAAUCUGUUGUCCGACGGCUCCAAUAAGCUGUCAGUCACCUACGGAAAAGGACUGAAGGAAAUCUCCAACCUGGAAGAGGUGGACGAGACACGCUCCAUCCUGGGCAAGAACCCUGGAGAGACGCCCUCACCCAAGGCCCCACCUGGAACCUACCUGGGCACCAACCCCAGAGAGAACCCACACUCUCUGUCCCCCAACAGCUGCUAUGGGACAAGUUAUCAGAAUGUUAUCAGCCCAACAUCCCCUGAUUCUGACUCUUGAUCAUUGUCCCUCCUAUUCCUGUCCUAUUCCUGUCCUUCCCCCUAGACCUCUCCAUCUCCUACAGGUCAUCUCAUCCUUAACCGUACAGAGUCUGACCCCACAAACCCAGGGUUGUCACCCCCCACAAACCCGGAGUGACCCCCCUCACACACCCGGAGUGACCUCCCUCACACACCCGGAGUGACCUCCCUC